GGGGAAAUCCCUGAACUGCAUCACAUGAUAAAGCACAUGGAGUUAGCUUGUGGCUUUUGCUGAGUGCUGUGUGAGUGAAGUAAGACCUUUUCUUCUCCUGAAUGUGUAAAGAGAUGGAGCAAAGUAGAGUAUUGAUAGGAUUCUUACUGCUACUGAGUGUGUGCUGGGCUUGUCAUGGUGCAGCGUCUUCAUUAGAAGACGUUAUAACUCAACGUGAUAAGACACGGCUUUUGAAUCUGUUUAAAGAAGCCGAGCCCUAUGAGGAUGUAGAAACACCAUUCUUCUUAAUCAGUGGGCUGCAGGUGAUUGGAUACGACGAGAACAACAAGCACAUGCGCAAUAGUGCGUGUACAAUGGCUAAAGCAAAGGAGUAUACUGAGCUCAGAGACAUCUUCUAUUCCACCUCAAUUGCCGCUAUGCUCAAGGGCUGCACACUGAAGGACUCUCCUAAGAGACAAAAAGUGCUAACAGAUACCCUUGGACGGGAAGCCACUGUAGAAGAGCUGUACUAUGCCAUCACUUCAAUGGCUAAUCAGAACAUGCCAAUUGAUAACGAGACUGCCCCUGCCGCACUACUGACUGCCUUGGAGAAUGAAGACACACCCUUCGGCUAUGCCCAGGCCUUCCUUGCUGCCUCAGUUAUCUCAGAUGCUGAUCUCACUGAACUGUCCAAUCAAAUCGAAGACGUUGUAGCUCAAGCUGACGAAUCCCCUAACACGCUUUAUUAUGAAGGCGGUAUCAAAGUAACAUCUGCUGUCAUUCGUGGCAUCUUUGCUCUCUCUGCUCGUGUUGGUGAGAAGCCAGAUCUCACCGAGGUGCAGGCCACUAAGUUUGGCAACUAUCUUGUAUCCAGCAAGUUCACGUCCUCCGUUGCCGACGCUGCAUCUAUGUUGUCUGCUUCCAAGGCUCUGGCCACCAACAAUGCUGUGAUCCCAGCCGCACUGUUACUGGAUGGUGGUAAACCCAUCAGCGAGAAGAACAAGAACCUUGAUGUCCAACUCACUAACAUUCUCAGUGGCCAGUUGGAUCAGUUCACCGUCAAAAUCAAGAGCAUCACUAACCCGACUGGAGAGAAGACCAAUAUUGACAAACCUAUGACUGCUGGAGCUAACAAAAUCUCCUUUACCUACAACAUAUUUGGAGCUGUCAACACUCCUGGUGUCCACUCCGUUGUCCUGAGUACUGAAUCCAAAGCUACUUCACCAGCUGUUGUUUUGUCCAACAUUGAGUUGUCAGUGACUGUAAGUUUUGAGGUGACGGUGGGAACGGCACAGCUGGCAGUAAUGGACAAAGACCAACGGGUCACCACCAAGUCACUUACUCUGGAGUACCCCAACACAAGCAAGGACUCUGUGGAGGCCGACCAACACUCCAAGCUAAGGAUGACCUUCACACUGCUCAAUCAGAUCAACUCUGAGCCCGUUGUUGUUCACCAGGCAUUUGUACGCCUGACUUCUGGUCAGCAGGAGAUAUUCUUUGUAGCCACUCCAGACAAUAAUAAAGAGUACACUUUUGAGCUGGAUGUUGCUGAGUCUGCAAAAGAAUUCUCCAUGUCAUCUGGAACAUACACUCUUACUCUUAUUGUGGGUGAUUUUGCCCUCGAGAAUCCAUUCUCCUGGAAUGUGGGGAGUGUUGGUUUGAAGUUCCCAUCUCCACUGGCUACUACAGAUGGCCAGCAAACAGCUGAAAUUUAUAAAGCCAAGCCCGCCAUUGAGCACUUGUUCCGAUUGCCGGAGAAGCGUCCUCCUCUGGUCGUCUCCUCCACGUUCACCAUUCUGGUCCUGGCUCCUCUUGGUGUUCUCUUGAUCCUUUGGGCUAUACUUGGAGCUAACAUCUCGAACAUUGGUGCUGGUGGUAUCUGGACAAUCUUGUUCCACUUGGGGCUUGGGGGAAUACUUGGCCUAUAUUAUUGUUUUUGGACACAACUGAACAUGUUCCAGACGCUCAAGUAUCUCGUUGCACUGGGUGUAUUCACCUUCUUUACAGGGAAUAAGAUGCUGAGAAACAUUGCUAAAGCCAAGCAGGCAUGAUUGUUGAAGCCAGUGGUACGGUAUAUUUUGAAACUCAAAUUAGUGGACUAUUACUAGGUUUCAAUUCAUUAUACAUGUGAUAUGCUAUUCUGAGUAUAUAUUGUGUCUGAAAUGCACAAAGAAUGUAUUAUUUCUUAA